AUGAGCGGAUACACGGGGAAUAAUAAUUACAGCAGGUAUUCAUCUACUCCUCCAAGACAAAGAGGGAACUACCACGCUAGACGAGGAAGAGGCGCGACGGGCGGAUCGUACUAUAGAGGCGGCAGCGGCACGUCUUAUGGUGCUAGGUAUAGCGGCAACUACGAGCAGCAGCCGCAGGAGGCUGACUCGAGGCAGCCCGGUGCGUACUACAGAGGCGGUAGCGCCGACACCAGGCCCUUCUACACGGGUAACAGCAGGCAAUAUCCAGCGCAGCCCCAUAGAUACAACAACAAUGCGAAUGCGUUCCAUGCGCCAUACGGAGCCAACAGCCAGGAUGCGGCCGGCAGCGUCGCGGAUGACCUGCGAGACGAAUACGAGUACGAGGAAAAACGACCCAAAUCCAGAUACCAGAACACGGAGGCAGAUUAUCCGCUUCAGCAGCCUGUAAGCAGCAGCAGCAGCCCCAACAACGGGCUUCCGCCGCCGCCUUCGGUAUCCUCCGUGGGAAACAGUAGGCCAUAUCACAACAACGCCUAUCCAUAUGCCAACAACCACCACUAUAGCAACUACCACCAUCGCGAGACACCGCCACCUCCUCCUCCUCCCCCUCCUCCGUCGGACAACCACCACAGCAGGGGUUACCCAGCACAUGCGACCGAAAAUAGAAGCAAUAGCUCCUCCGGAGGCAUGAUAACCAAGAAGAAAAGAGUCGCGGACAUGAAAGACUCGCCGUUCCUGUACCUGACGGAUUUCGACAAAAACAUUAAAAGAGCCGCCAACGCUGACACCGAAUGCGACAAAGUAAGAGACGUAUUCAACGAAAGUGACGUAAUCGAUACCACUCUACAAGACCUAAACCUAAAAGUCAACUCCAACGAGCUGGAGUUGCGGCUUCUAAACAACCAGUGCAACAAGCAUGCAUUGAACAUACAGCUGACCCAGGAAAAACUGGACUCGUUGCUGUUGAUGCAGUAG